AUGGCAGACAUACUUAUACUUGGCACCAAUGGCUACUCAGGUCGUAUCACGGCCAAAUACCUACUCGAACACCCGCAGCGGAACACUUUCAGGCUCGCACUUGCCGCUCGGUCCCGGAGCAGAAUCGAAGCCGCGAAUCUCCCGCUUGACAGCACCGUCCAACUAUGGGAAGUCAACAUCACGGAUAAGACCGCUUUGGAGGAGGCCAUAAGCAAAGUGUCGGUGGUGAUCAACUGCGUCGGGCCGUACUGGAAGACCGGAACUCCCAUCGUUGAAGCAUGCGUGAAGCAAGGGAAGCAUUACGUCGACAUCACUGGAGAAACCCACUGGAUAUACACCAUCAUUCAAUCCUGCGACUCAAAUGCGAAGCGCACCCGCUCCAUCAUCGUGCCAGCAUGCGGAUUCGACUCCGCGCCGUCUGACGCGGUUGUGUAUGCGGCCAAUAAGGUGCUGAAAGCACAGUACCCGACCGCAGAGAUCGAGGACUCGAUCACAGCUGUGGAUGCUGAACUGGGCGGUGUCGGCGCGGGAAGUCUUCAGACCCUUCUGACCACGUACCAAGAAGUCCCACGAAAUGUACUUCAGGCGUCUAGUCAGGCUUACGCACUGAGCCCCACUCCAGGCGGCAAACCCUAUCCGACGUUCAAGUUGCUUUACUCGCUUCCGUACCCACUCAGCAGCAUCGUGGGCGCAUACUCCAUAAUGUCCCCCAUGAACCGCCCAAUCGUUGAGCGCACUUUCGGCCUUUUCGAGCAGAACAAGUCGAAAUUGCCUCAUUCAUCCUAUGGACCGCGUUUCCGAUAUGAUGAGUUCAACGUCAGCAGAAGCAGCAUAAGCGCUUAUCUGACCAGCGCACUCCUCGCAACGAGUCUACUCUUGCUGGGCACCUUUGCCCCCUUGCGAUGGCUCUUCGCCCGCACGAUCCCGAGCUCCGGGAAUGGACCUUCAGAAGCGGCGCUCGAUGCUGGACACUUGAACAUGACGAAUGUUACGACCGCAACCACCCCACACAAUGGGUCUCGGGUACGCGCCAAGAGCGAGCUGGUAUGCAAAGGAUCUCCUUUGAUUAUCACGUCCGUCAUAGCCGGGGAAGCCGCUCUUGCCCUACUAGAUCCAACAAGACUUCCCGAACUCGCACGAGAAGGUGGAAUACUGACGCCUAUGACCGCCUUUGGAGAUGUUCUGCUCAAACGUCUGGAGAAGACUGGCCAGUGGAGGCUUUCAACAGUGAUACUGGAUGAGAACGCGAAGACCAAGUAA